CCCGACGUAUAUUCCCAAAUUCCCCACAUUCCGAAUAUUCCCAAUUCCCAAACAGAAUUCCUUUAUAUAAUGCAAUCUCCACCUGGACCACCUCUCGUGUCUCUCUCUCGCUCCUGUUAUCGUUGUCAUAUCUCAAAACCCAGCUCUGGAACGGCGGUAAUCACCUGCGGGCGGGGAGUAUGAAGUUCUGGAAGAUCCUGAGUAGCCUGAUUGAGGAGACGCUCCCGGAGUGGCGGGACAAGUUCUUGUCGUACAAGGACCUGAAGAAGCAGCUCAAGCUCAUCUACCCAAAGGAGGAGGAGGAGGAACACCGGAACAAACGGCGCAGAUUGGAUCCGGAAUCCGACGGUCCUGAUUGCGCGCCGUCGAGGGAGGUCGUUGAUUUCGUUAGGCUCUUGGAGGUCGAGAUUGACAAGUUCAACGCCUUCUUUGUCGACAAGGAGGAGGAGUACGUCAUUCGACUGAAGGAACUGCAAGAUAAGAUAGCAAAUGCCGAGGAUUCAGAUGAAGAUUUGAUGCAAAUAUGGAGAACAUUGGCGGAUUUUCAUGGCGAGAUGGUUUUCUUAUUGAAUUACAGUGCACUUAACUACAUAGGGCUAGUAAAGAUACUGAAGAAAUAUGAGAAGCGAAGUGGUGCUCUCGUUCGCUUGCCUUUUAUCCAAAAGGUCUUGCAAGAACCAUUCUACACAACUGAUGUACUUAACGAUCUUGUGAAGGAGUGUCAGGGCAUGCUGGAUCAUCUUCUCUCCAAUAAUGAACUGGCGAGCCGGGAACUUGCAGAAAUCAGGCAUAUGGAGAGCAUGUACAUGAAGCUAACGGAAUCGGCAUUGCGCGUCUUAAAGGAGGUCAGGAGCGGAAGCUCAACAGUGAGCGUGUUUUCAUUGCCCCCUCUGCAAAAUAAUGCUAUGGAGUGGAGAAAUUUAGCUUUAGUAGAACAAGCAGACGAAUAGUUCUGGAGUAGUACUCUCUCUCCUCUUCCCUUAUACAUGUACUUUACAUUGUGAAAUUGCGGUUGUAUGUAAUAACCACGCUCUUGGUGGGUACUUUGGAUAAUCCCUUUUCCCCAUUUGUAGAAAAUUUCUGAUCUUGAAUGUGCU